AACUUGGCCCCAGGCCUGGAAUCCGGCCUCCAGAUAUUUUCUUGGCCUGAGCCCAGACCAGCUGGCCUCCAGCCCUCCCAGGCAGCCUGCUGCCCAGGCGUCUGCUCUCAGAGUUCCUGCUGUGGGAGAGUCCCAGACCCCAAGAAUCUUCAAAGGUCUAUUAUUAAUGGGGCUGUCCAGCCGAGGCGGACAUCCCCACGCAGCCCUCCCAGAGCUCUGCACCUCAGCCAGCCCCCGGCCUCCACUGUCUGGCCCUGUCUGCUGAGCAGUGCCCAGCAAGGCAAGAAGUCCAAGUCCUGCGUGCUGGGCCAGCCAGAGGUCACCUGCCGCACCUGAGCUACCGGUGUGUGAUGAGAGGACUGCCCUGCGUCUUCCCCCCUUUCCCAGCUGCCUCAGUUUCCCUUCCUGAGAGAGGCAGCGUUCUGGGAGGUGAGGAGCUGCAGGGACCCAAGAAAGGCAUGGGAGCCGCCUGGGGACACUGGCCCCUCUGUCAGGAUCAAUCGCCCUAAGCCUGUCUGAGGCGCUCUGGGCUUAGGAGCAGCUGUGAAAGCCGCCUUUGUGCCGGGGAGAAUGAGCCGCAAGAGGACAGGGGGCCCUGGCCCCGGAAGCCCCUCAGGUCCCGGCUCCUGAAAUCCACGCCAGCAGGAAGGACCCGACCCCGGCCUGGUCCCUGCAGCCCACCCAGGCCUGGUGCCCACCUCGUGCCAUGGGAGCAGCCCAGGGGAAGAAGAAAACAUACUCUCCUCAGGCCAGAUUUCAUAGUGAAAAUGAGAAGCAGAGACUAAAUGGCUCAGCUUCCAUGUACUCGGAGAUCCAGAGGGAGCGGGCAGACAUCGGGGGCCUGAUGGCCCGGCCGGAAUACAGAGAGUGGAAUCCAGAGCUCAUCAAGCCCAAGAAGCUGCUGAACCCCGUGAAGGCCUCUCGGAGUCACCAGGAGCUGCACCGGGAGCUGCUCAUGAACCACAGAAGGGGCCUUGGCGUGGACAGCAAGCCAGAGCUGCAGCGCGUCCUGGAGCACCGACGGCGGAACCAGCUCCUCAAGAAGAAGAAGGAGGAGCUGGAGGCCAAGCGACUGCAGUGCCCCCUUGAGCAGGAGCUGCUGAGACGGCAGCAGAGGCUGAACCAGCUGGAAAAACCACCGGAGAAGGAAGAAGAUCACGCCCCCGAGUUUAUUAAAGUCAGGGAAAACCUGCGGAGAAUUGCCACGCUGACCAGCGAAGAGAGAGCGCUGUAGGGCCGGCUGCUGGGGCUCGGGCCACCGCGCACCCCGGCCUGGACACCCUCCUCCAGCCCUUCUGCACCUGGCAGCCCUGGGCCCCAGGCCGUAGGACAUCUGUGAUGUUUCCACCUGCUUCUGUAGAAGUGUGUCGCCCCAGAGGGCCUGGCUCUCCCUGGGAGGCUGGGGCCCUAAGCUCCCAGGCUUUUCCUUCCAAGCACCCAAGCCGUCCUGCUCCAAGAGGGAAAGCUGCACCCCUCCCUGCAGGGGAUUCGGAGCCUUGCACGGGAGGUUCUUCUGGCAGAAUUGAGGAGGAAGAGGCAGCCCUCUGGCUUGACAAGCCUUCCGCUCUGCCCAGGCCUUCCCACCAGGGAUCUCCGAGGCUCCCCGGGGCCCCGCUUCUCCACGCACCCUAGCUCCUAGGUCUCAGAGAACUCCCCCACCUGUAGUUUUACCUGCAGCCAGCAGAACUUAGCUUCAAGGGCACCUGCCUCUAAAGCCACUGAGGGGAGGAAGGGCAGGGCAGACGGCAGGUGGCCUUGUUGCACCCCGGCCGCGUGGGAGGGGCUAACACAGACGGCUGUUCAGGGUCUUCUCCCCUCACCAUGCGUUCAUCGUCCCCUCUGCACUGCGCCCAGCCCAGGCCUUCUAACCACACCCAGCCAGGGUGGCCGCCUUCCUGCACCUAGAAGUCUGCUUCACAAACUUGAUAGUGCACAAAAAUCACUGGGGGUCUUGUUAAAAUACAGCUUCUAAUUCAGUAGAUCUGGGGCGGGGGCUGACAUCCUGCAUUUCUAACGAGCUCCCAGGUGAGGUGGAGGCUGCUGGUGUGAGGACCCUGCUGUGAGCAGCAGGGCCAGAGUGCCCAGGGCUGGUGUAUAUUAGAAAUAUUGGCCAGGCCUGGUGGCUCAUGCCUGUAAUCCCAGCACUUUGGGAGGCCGA